UUUCAACAGAUUUCAGCAGAUUUUCUCAAUACAGAAAAACUACAAGUUGCUCUAUCAGGGAUUGGUGCCCAGUUGCAUCAGCAUAUGAAAGUAAAAAAGCCGGCUGAGUUGAAUGUCAUAUAUUUGCGAUAGGAAUACUCAGGUCUGUCAAAUCAGUAACCAUUUGCCGUUGGCUACCAGGCUAGGAUAAUAAGAAGGGACCAAAUGAAACUCUUUGUCAGUGAAGGGAAUCCGCACUGUGUGAAAGUGUUGGUGGUGUUGGAACUUACAGGAGUGAAAUGUGACGUGCAACUUGUUAACCACGAGGAUAAAGUGGUACCCUUCCUAAAUCGACCUGUCUUGCCUGUUCUGUUGCUACCAAGUGGCCAACACCUGUUCAGUCCAAAUGCCAUCUGCCAGUACCUGUUUGAGGUUGGUGGGAAAGAGGCCAGCAAUUCUAGCAGUCAGUUCCUGGAAUGGGAAGCAACAGAAUUGCAGCCUGUGUUGAUACAGGCUCUCCACAUGGUGGCGCUCCAAGGAAAGACUCAUGACGCUGGCCUGGUGCUGAAAGGAUCCUUGAGCUGGCUGGAACAGUGCCUGAGUAAAAGGCGCACACAGUUUCUGACUGCGGAGACUGUAACAGUGGCAGAUAUUGUGCUGUGGGCAGCAUUCUACCCCAUUCUGGCUGAUCCAGGUUUUUCAGCUGACUUAGGCGAGUUGCAGUUGGUGCGGGAUUGGUUUGAGCGUGUAGGUCUCAUCCCAGCAUGUGUGAGAGCUAGUCAGAAGGUUCUGCAGGGCAAAGGGCUUGAAUCUCUGAAAAAUUUCCUGAAAAAGCAGCCAACGCCACACACCCAGCGAAAGGACAGCCAGCCGAGCACCAAUGCCAUCGAGACAGAAGACCUGGACCCUGCGAUGACCGAGGAAGAGAUUGAGGCCACUGCACAGGCCUGGUGUAAAGGACUCCCAGACUGUCCAGAUGCUCCACAGAGGCAACACCCUAUUCUGCCCCAAGAAGGAAAGCGCAAUGUGCUGGUCACCAGUGCACUGCCCUACGUCAACAAUGUGCCCCACCUAGGCAACAUCAUUGGCUGCGUGCUCAGCGCUGAUGUAUUUGCCAGAUACGGGCGCUUGCGAGGCUGGAACCUGUUGUAUGUGUGUGGGACGGAUGAGUAUGGCACUGCCACAGAGAACAAGGCUCGUGAGGAGGGCCUGACGCCGCGGGAGAUCUGUGACAAAUACCACACCGUUCACUCUGCCAUCUACAAGUGGUUCCAGAUCGACUUUGACUACUUUGGCCGCACCACCACAGAUCGGCAGACUGAAAUCUCCCAGAACAUCUUCUGGAGGCUGCAUGAGAGGGGCUUUCUGCUGGAGGACACGGUGGAGCAGCUGCGGUGUGAGCGCUGCCAGCGUUUCCUGGCUGAUCGCUUCGUGGAGGGCGUGUGCCCCCACUGCAGGUACCCCGAGGCUCGUGGGGACCAGUGUGACAAGUGCGGCCGCCUCAUCAACGCUGUGGAGCUUAAGGAGCCACAGUGCAAGGUGUGCGGACAGACUCCUGUGAUUCGCACCUCUAAACAUCUCUUCCUGGACCUGCCCAAGCUGGAAGGUGACUUGGAGCAGUGGCUGGAGCGCUCUCUGAGUUCGGGUGACUGGACCCCUAACGCGAAGCACAUCACGCACUCGUGGAUACGAGAUGGCCUGAAACCACGCUGCAUCACGCGGGACCUGCAGUGGGGGACACCCGUGCCACACCCAGACUACCGUGAGAAGGUGUUUUAUGUGUGGUUCGAUGCCCCCAUUGGCUACCUCUCCAUAACUGCCAACUACACCAGCCAAUGGGAGAAAUGGUGGAAGAACCCGCAGCAGGUGGAGCUGUACAACUUCAUGGCAAAGGACAAUGUUCCGUUCCACAGUGUAGUUUUCCCCUGCUCGCUGCUCGGAGCACAGGACAACUACACACUUGUCAACCAUCUUAUUGCUACAGAGUACUUGAAUUACGAGGACACAAAGUUCUCAAAGAGCCGUGGGGUUGGUGUGUUUGGUGACAUGGCUAAAGACACAGGUAUUGUGUCUGACGUGUGGCGCUUCUACCUGCUUUAUAUGAGGCCCGAGGGCCAGGACUCUGCCUUCUGCUGGGCUGAUAUGGCUCUGAAGAAUAACUCUGAGCUCCUCAACAACCUAGGCAAUUUUAUUAACAGGGCAGGGAUGUUUGUCAGUAAGUUCUUUGAGGGCUGUGUUCCUGAGAUAGUGCUGCGAGAGGAAGACAAGUGCCUCAUUGCUCAGGUGUGCUGGGAACUCAAACAGUACAUCCAGCUGCUGGACAAAGUCAGGAUCCGUGAUGCCCUAAAGUGCAUUCUCAACAUCUCUCGCCAUGGCAACCAGUAUAUCCAGGUUAACGAACCUUGGAAAAAGAUCAAAGGAGGAGACAAUGACAGGCAGCGUGCUGGCACAGUGACUGCCGUGUCGGUGAACAUGGCUUGCCUCCUGUCGGUCCUGCUGGAGCCGUACAUGCCCACGGUCAGCGUGACCAUCCGCGCCCAACUGCAGGCUCCCGCAUGCUGCGGUAGUGCGAUGCUGGCCGCUGACGGGUGUUUCCUCCGCAGUCUCUCCACCGGUCACCGCAUUGGCACGGUCAGUCCCUUGUUCCAGAAACUUGGGUCUGAGCAGAUUGAGGCUCUGAGGAAGAGGUUUGGAGGACAACAGCCAGAGGAGGCGACCCAUGCAGGAGAGGUUCCCAUCGGCACGGCAAGCUCCACAGCGCCCAAGGCUACAGCCACCGCGGAGCCCGCCACUAACGCCAGUGUGAGCGCAGCGGAUCCGCAGAGAGCCACACAGCUGGCCGCUGCAGUGUCAGAACAGGGUGAUAAAGUGCGUGCUCUGAAGGCUCAGAAGGCCGACAAGAGCGUGAUCACGGUGGAAGUCAAUAAACUCCUGGAGCUGAAGAAGGAGCUCGCUCUGACUGAAGGCAAGAACCCUGAGCCCUCUCCUCAGAAAGGAAAGAAGAAAUGAAGGAACAGCCAGGGGACGUGAGGAGUCCGUACUGCUGGGCCUACAGGAGGAGGUACACAGUUCAGGGACAUUUUGUUAAAAUUGGGAUCGGUGUUGCCCAGGAAGGCAUGGCCAACCUUCACAGAGACGGCUGAGCAAAGAGCUGUGGGGGCUGUUAGAAUACAAACACUGUCAAACGGUAACAAAACCCCUCGUGUGGAGUAAGUCAGUUCCUUCUGGUUAUUUCCACAGAACCAGCAUUUCCAAUAUUUCUAGUACUUCAUCGCUGUAGAAACGCAAUGCGGGUUUCGGCCUUUUUAAAUUCAAUAAAAUGUGUGCAUUUAUUAUCUGA